UUUGGGGUACAUCAAUGACUUCUCUGGGAAAUCUUAGUUGCUGUUCGUACUACCUGUUGUUUGCCUUGACUCAUGCUUCAUUCUCUGGAUCUUCUCUUCCUUAUCUAAAACCUUGGAGAAACUGCAGACAAGGAGAAACUUGGCUAAGAUGGAGAUCUACCGAAAAUUUACGAAUACCCUUGCAGUGUCUGUGCUAUUCUCCAUUGCAUGGAUUGGAUUUGAGUGAGCUGUGGCAAAUUGCUUGGAUUAUUCCUGCUUUAUGGUCCCUGCUUUCAUAUACUCUCUUGCUGGUGAUAUGUGUCCUUUGGGCUCACAAGAAAUAUGGAAAGGAGGUUGACAUAUUUCAGGAUCUGGAUGUUCUCGACACUUGGUUUUCAAGAUAUUUACAGACACGUCACCAUAUGAAAAAGAGAUAAUCGACCAUAUUUGCAAAUGGUUGAAAAUCAAAAGGUUGAGGAGCAAAAUCUAGCAGAUCAAAUGCAAAUGGUUGAAGAGGAUAAGGAGAUAGAAAUGUUGCCAAAACAAAAGCCAAA